AUGGGAGAUUCAGAUUCAUCAACAACGUCAGAAAUGGCUGAAAUUUGGCAAAAAUUAUGGUCAGAAAUUCUGAAGAGAAUCCCAGCAAAAGAGUUAGGUAAAUGCAUUUGUGUCUGCAAAACAUGGUAUUCUCUCAUUCUAUCUCCUCAGUUCAUAACUUCACACACUAAAUUUCAUCGAACCCAUCUCAAUUUCCUCCUUAGAAGCUUCACUAAAGCUUCCCUGGCUGAAAAUGGUGUUGAAUCUUACCAUUUUUUCUCUGAUUCUGAAGAAAUUUCUGGGCUUUUUAACAAGGGUUCUAUUCUUCCUUUUAAAACUGGGGUGGGUUUGAAUUUUCGUGUUGUUGGGUGUGUUAAUGGUGUUGUUUUUCUUGCUGAUACUCAAUUUGGGAACAAACAUACUUUCUAUUUAUGGAAUCCUUUGAUUAAGAAGCAUAUUAAGUUACCAAAACCCAGAAUUGUGUUUGAUGUUGUUGGACCUUAUAUGCAUGUUUUUGGAUUUGGGUAUGAUUCCAAAAAUCAGGAUUUGAAGGUUGUUAGGGUUUCUUACAUUCAGCUUAGUUCUGGGUUAGAUGAAAUUCCUCCAAAAACUGAGGUUUAUAGUGUUAAAUUAGGGGUUUGGAGAUGGGUUUUUGCUGAUGAUGUUACUACUUGCAUUGCUGAGGAUAUUUGGUCUCAGUGUUGUCUGCAAGGAGAGGUUUAG